AUGGAGUGGGUGCGAGUCCCUUGGCGCGUCGUCCUCGCCGGAGCGGUGCUGCUGGCGCUGUCGGGCGAGGCGGGCGUGGGCGGCCUCUACCACCCUUCGCCUGUCGUGCGGACGCGCUACGGCAGCCUCCGCGGCCUCAUCACCACGCCCAACUUAGGCGCCCUCCAGCCCGUGGCUAAGUACCUCGGCGUGCCCUACGCGGCGCCGCCCGUGCGCAAGCUGCGUUUCAUGCCGCCCAUGUCGCCUUUGGAGUGGUCGGGUAUCCGCAAGGCGGAGACGCUGCCGCCCGUGUGCCCGCAGAAGCUGCCCGACGUGCACAACCGGCGGGAGGCGCUGCGCGGGAUGCCCGAGGGCAGGUACAACUACCUGCAGCGUCUGAUUCCGCUGCUGCAGAACCAGAGCGAGGACUGCCUCUACCUCAACAUCUACGCGCCUGUCAGAGAUAAAUGUAAUGUGCUCAAGGUCUGA